AUGAAAGGAGGAGAAACAAGCUCUGGUGGAGGAGGCCAGGAUGAUUCUUCUACUGCUGUUUCUUCCAGAAAGAACAAGAAACCCAAAUAUUCUAGAUUCACACAGCAAGAGCUUCCUGCCUGUAAGCCUAUUUUAACGCCGGGAUGGGUCAUUUCAUCAUUCAUUUUUGUUGGAAUUGUCUUUAUCCCUAUAGGCCUUGCUUCCUUGUUUGCGUCAGAGCAUGUGGUGGAAAUUGUGGAACGAUAUGACAAAGAUUGCAUUCCUCCCGAUUACAGAAAUAACAGCCUACAUUAUAUCCAAACCAGCGAAACUAACAAGACGUGUACUAGGACCUUUCACGUUCCUAAGCACAUGAAAGGCCCUGUUUUCAUCUAUUACGAGCUUGAUAACUUUUACCAGAACCACCGUCGAUAUGUAAAAAGUCGAAGUGAUAAACAGUUGCGAAGCAAGGCCAGUGAAGCUACCACAGGUACCUGCAAACCAGAAGCAGUCACGUCGAAUGGGCAGCCAAUUGUUCCUUGUGGCCUUGUUGCUUGGAGUUUGUUCAAUGACACAUACAGUUUUUCAAUAAAAAACGAGGCUUUAAAUGUCAGCAAAAAGGACAUUGCUUGGAAGAGUGACCAGGAGCAUAAAUUUGGUUCUGAUGUUUAUCCAAAAAACUUCCAGAGUGGAAGCUUUAUUGGAGGUGGGAAACUCAAUUCAAGCAUACCUUUGAGUGAACAAGUAGAUCUUAUUGUAUGGAUGCGUACUGCUGCACUGCCAAAUUUCAGAAAACUUUAUGGAAAGAUAGAGAGGGACCUUGAAGCUAACUCUACAAUCACAGUUAUCAUUCAGAAUAAUUAUAAUACUUAUGGUUUUGGAGGCAAAAAGAAGCUGGUUCUUUCAACCACAAGUUGGAUAGGUGGAAAAAAUAAUUUCCUGGGUAAAGCAUAUCUCACUAUUGGUGGCUUGUGCUUGUUCUUGGCAGUAUGCUUCAUAUUUGUAUAUGUCUUAAAGCCAAGGCCCCUUGGUGAUCCAUCCUACUUAUCGUGGAACAGGAAUCCAGGAGAACAUGUGAAUUAG